AUGGGCAUGCAGUUUUGGUGGGUGCCUGUGGGUCAGUGUGUGCUGCGAUGGUCCUCGGAGUGCACUGGAGUGGAUCAGUCAUUGACCUCUGUCCUCCCAUCUCCACAGGAGCCAUCCCUGGACCCCAAGCCCAUCCUGGAGCUGCUCCUGGAGACACUGGUCCAGAAGCUGCAGGAUGAAGAACUCAGUGUGGAGAGCGUCCUGUGUAGCUACUUAGAGGAGGCACUGAAGGUACACCAGGAGGUGAAUUGCCUGACGGAUUUCCUGGGUGAGUGUGAGGAGCAACUACAGGCAUUGAAGAAGCUUAAGAAGACUGAGAGAGGCCUUCUUUAUGGGGUCCCUGUCAGCCUCAAGGACCCCUAUGACUGCAAGGGCCAUGAUUCUACAUGUGGUCUGACCCAGUUCCUGGAGAAGCCAGCGGCCAAGGAUGGGGUCAUUGUGCAAGUGCUCAAGGCUCAAGGAGCUAUUCCCUUUGUUAAGACCAACAUCCCCCAGACAAUGUACAGUUUUUAUUGCAGCAACCCCAUCUAUGGACAGACUCUGAACCCUCUGAACUUAAAGAAGACACCAGGGGGCUCCUCAGGGGGUGAGGGAGCCCUGCUGGCAAAAGGAGGUUCCAUCCUGGGCAUGGGUACUGACACUGCUGGCAGCAUCCGCAUACCAGCCAGCUUUUGUGGUAUCUGUGGCCUCAGGACCACAGGAUACCGCCUCAGCUUCUCUGGAGUUUCCAGUGCUGUCAAAGGCAAGAAAUCAGUGACUACAGUGGCUGGCCCCAUGGCCCGGGAUGUGGAGAGCCUGGCCCUGUGUCUGCGAGCCCUGCUAAGUGAAGACAUGCACCGACUGGACCCUACUGUGCCUUUUAUGCCCUUCAGGGAGGAGGUAUACUCCAGUAACCAGCACCUUCGAAUUGGCUUCUGUGAAACAGAUGGCUUCACCCAGCCAUCUCCUAGCAUGGCCAGGGCUGUGAGGCUCACCUCCAGGCUGCUCCAGGAUGCGGGACAUCAGGUAGGCUUGCUUACCCCUGGAUGGGGAGGGAAGCCAGACUGGCGAGGAGACUGGGCUGGGCCAUUCUUGGAGAGAAAGGAAGUUAUAUCUGAGUUUGAGCUGCUAACAUCACUUGAGGGGGACAUUGUGGACCCCUGCAUAAAGGGAAUGAUCAACUGGCUCCGCCUGCCAGACCUACUCAAGUGUUUCUUGGCCUGGAUCCUGAAGUACACAGAAUAUCAGCAAAAGUUCAUAGCCAAGUGGAGGUCCCUGGACCUGGAUGUGCUGCUGAUGCCAGCUAUGGACCCCGCCUUCCAUAUAUGCUAUUCUGAGAUAGGAACAGAUAUUGCCUCCUACACGGGCCUGUACAACGUCCUGAACUUCCCUGCUGGUGUUGUGCCGGUCACCACUGUGACGCCGCAGGACGAGGAGGAACUGGCCUUCUACACGGGAUACUACGGAGAUAGUACCGACAAAAAUUUCCAGAGGGCGGUACAAGGAUCUGUGGGACUUCCUGUGGCUGUGCAGUGCAUUGCUCUUCCAUGGGAAGAGGAGCUGUGUCUCCGGUUCAUGAAAGAGGUGGAGACCUUGGCCAAGAACCACAGUGGACCCAAGUGACUGGCCACUCCUUCUCCCGGAGGCCUUCUUCAUCCUCAUCCAAGUCUGCUCCUGAUGCCCCUUUUCAUGAAUACCAUAUCUGCCUCAUGUCUCCUCCUCCCUGAGGCCCACCACAUUCCUUUUCUUUGUCAUUCCUCUGUGUGGGUACUCAAUACACGGACUCCUCACAUUGGCCCAAGAUGGGGCACAGGGUGAAAGGGCCCAAUAAACAUU